AUGGUUGUUAAGAAACAAUCUGCAGCUCCACGGACCGAGAAAGAGAAGUACUCCAAAACCAAAGAAACAAAUUACUCAUUUCUUAAACCACAGUUGAGAUACGCUCUGCUAGUUUGUGUCUUGCUUUUUACUUGGUAUGGUAUUCUAACAUGUUUUCUCUUGUGCUCUAAGAAAUUAAACGUUGCUGAAAAGUACUCCAAGACAUCCAAAUCAUCUGCGAUAUCCAAGUGUGAAGGAGGCAUGUCAGUGUAUGUAUACGACCUGCCUCCUGAGUUCAACAAAGGUUUGCUGAAAGAUUGCAGCCGUCUAAAUGUUUACACCGACAUGUGUCCUCAUGUGGUAAAUCGCGGACUAGGCCAACCAAUCUCCUACAUGGUAGCGUCCGCCGUCGCCAACACAUGGUUUGCCACCCACCAGUUCAUUGCGGAGAUGAUUUUUCACGCACGUAUGGAGAACCAUCCAUGUCGCACUUUAGAUCCUGUAAAUGCCAAGUUAUUCUACGUUCCAUUCUAUGGUGGCCUCGAUGCCUCUAGCAAGUUCCACGAGGCCAACCUCACGGCACGCAAUGAACUAGCAGUCCGAUUAGUAGAUUAUCUGCAAUCAAAACCAUGGUGGCAGAGGCAUCACGGUAAGGACCAUUUCUUAGUCCUAGGAAGGACCGCAUGGGAUUUCUUGAGAAGAAAUGGCAACUUUGGAAACUCUCUCCUGACUCUGCCACCCGUACAGAACAUGUCGGUGCUGACUGUAGAGAGAAACCCAUGGGACCGACUCCACUACCAACACGGCAUCCCUUACCCUACCUAUUUCCACCCUUACACGUCAUUCCAGAUGCUGACGUGGCAGAACAAGAUGAGACAAUCAAGUAGGCCUCACCUCUUCUCCUUUAUAGGCGCCCCACGUAAAGGGGUUGAGAAAGCUGCUGUAAGGGACGAGUUAAUAAAGCAAUGCAGCGAGUCAAGUAGAUGCAAGCUUCUCAAAUGUGGGAAAGGACACAGGAAAUGCCAUUACCCAAUUGAGGUACUUAAGGUGAUGUCUCAGUCCCAAUUUUGUUUGCAAGCUCCUGGUGACUCGUUCACUCGGAGGUCAGUUUUUGACUCAGUGUUGGCAGGUUGCAUACCAGUCUUUUUCUCACCGCACACUGUGUAUACUCAGUAUGAAUGGUUUUUUCCAGCUGGAAAUGUGAGCGACUAUUCGGUUUUUAUAGAUGAUAAUGAUUUGAAGAUGGGAAAUGGAGGCAAAACGGUUGUUAAUAUUGAGGAAGAGCUUUUGAAGAUUGAGAAAGAAAAGGUAGAGAGAAUGAGAAGUACAGUAAUAAAUUUGAUGCCAAGAGUCACUUAUGCACACCCUAAUGCCAGUUAUGUUGGCCUUCAUGAUGCUGUGGAUGUUGCCCUUCAAGCAUUGUGGGUCAAGCGUUUAAAGUUAAACACCUAA